AUGCUGACCCCGUUCCCAGAGUCCGAGGCCAUUGCUAACCGCCGAAAGCGCGUCUACAACCGGCUCCACUCUCGCACACGGAUUGCGGUAGAAUGCGCCUUCGGACGCCUCAAGAAUCGCUUCCGAAUCUUACUGGGAAAGCUGGAGCAGAAGACGCCUAAGCGUAUUGGAAAGGUAAUCCAGAGUUGCGUGGUGCUACACAAUAUGCUGCUGGCUGUACAAGAUGGCUACGUGGUGUUAGACACUGACCCACUCCGGCCCGAAGCGCACCACCGUGACGAAAAUGGAGGACUUGUGGUGUCUGAGCAACCGUUUUCACACCUUUUAGGAGUAGCAAUACGAAACGAUCUAGCCGACAUUUUCGUACCUUAA